CUCUGGCGCGGAAUUUCCUGUCGCAGCAGAGUGCAAACCGUGCUGUUUUAGGCGCGUGUCUGCGGUGGAUGCUCCACCUGCCGCGGACUCUUCCUGAGCUUUAGGUUCUCCGGAGGGUUCUGCUACUUACAAGCGACCCUGCCAGAGAUUUCACUCCAUCCCGGAACCCUUUGAGGCAGGGGGCGCGGGAGCGCGGGAAGGGAAUGUACGUUGACAUCCUCCAGCCGCCUGUGGGGACUGCAAGGACAAGUUUCUAUUCCCGAUACUGGGGGUGUGGGCAGGAGUUUGAUGCGUGAAGUGAGUCCUGUCUUGAGACAUCAUCAAAAGCAUUGUCUUUCCAAGAUGGUUUCGCAGCCAUCUCUUUAUCUUUGUUGUAUAAACGUUCAGGUGCCCAACAGACAUUUUGCUGCUGCUACGAAGCCUGCAAAGAAAACAAAAAGUGCUAAAGACAAAGCACCAGCUGAAAAAAAAGAUGAUAUAGAGACAAUAAAGUCAUACUCGUACAUGGAAGGUGAACCUGAGGAUGAUGUCUAUUUAAAAUGAUUAUACCGGCCGGGCGUGGUGGCUCACGCCUGUAAUUCUAGCACUCUGGGAGGCUGAGGCAG